GGUAGAGUUCACCAGUCCUUCACUACCGACCACAGAGGCAACAUCACCCUCUCUGAACGCACGGGACACGCACGGCAUAUUCACCACGAAGGAGGCCGACCUGUACGCACUCAGCAACGGGAUAAAACCUAGAAGACAGCGUCUGAAGUGUCGGUUGUAGGAAUAACAAAUAAAGACACCGCCGCGCUGGAACUGUCAUCUUACUUGGCAUCCGAUGACCUCGUUUUUGUUUUAGAUAUUUAUCGCUAGGACACUUCCAAGCGCUUUUGUCAAAACUUGAAUACAUUUUUCAGUUAGGCUACUUCUAAGUGCACUUACAUUCUGACAGACACUUGUUAUCAGUUAUCACAAUUAAUUGUAUCUUUGAAAAUUAUAGCACAUACUGUCAAUGUAGUACAGUCUUGUGCGGCAACCUCUCGCAGAAGGGUUAUGGACAAUGAUUACACUAGGAAUGUAGCCCAAAUUAUGGUCAUAUCCAUCUCUUCAUACGCCCUUGGUUGUUUUGGAUUUUAAUGCUUUCCUUGGAAAUCCAGGAUUUCAAGUGCAACUGAACCCCGCGUCUUUUACGGUUUACCAAAUAAGCUCGAAUUUGGAAAAUAAUUUAUCAAAGGAACACUAAACCAAAUCAACAUGCGACGAAUCCCAUCUCCCUUGAGUUAUCUGUUCCUACACUUCUUUGCAUUCUGCUACUAUGCUCAGGUAACCAAUCAGUCCCCGCCUAAUUUCACGCAGCAUGUAAGCGACCAGAGUAAAGUGACGGACCGGGUGAGCCGCAGGUUAAUUCGGACCUACCAACUUUAUAGCCGAACCAGUGGGAAGCACGUGCAAGUUCUCCCUAAUAAGAAGAUCAACGCCAUGGCGGAUGAUGGAGAUGUUCAUGCCAAGCUUGUUGUGGAGACGGACACAUUUGGAAGUCGUGUGCGGAUCAAGGGAGCCGAGACUGGAUUCUAUAUCUGCAUGAACAAGAGGGGGAAGCUGAUUGGAAAGAAAAAUGGUCAAGGCCGUGACUGCAUCUUCACAGAGAUCGUACUGGAGAACAACUACACGGCACUGAGGAACGCUCGCUACGAGAACUGGUACAUGGCCUUUACCCGACGCGGUCGCCCACGGAAAGGCUCACGGACGCGCCAGCACCAACGCGAGGUCCACUUUAUGAAGAGACUUCCUCGCGGACAUCAACCCGUCCACCAGGCGCACCAACGGCCGUUCGACUUCAUCCAGUACCCUUUCAGUAAGAGGACUAAACGCACACACCACUCAGCUGAGCGCUGAGGGGGAAGACAGAAGGGGAGAGAAACACUGACUGACAAAGCAGGCGCAAUCUCUUCUGCCCCUAGUCUACUUAAGUCAUUUUUUACUGAGCAUAACUAUACCCUAACUUUUAGUUUUUCUAUUUUUAUUAUAAAGUUAAAAAAAAUAUAAAAAAAUGAAGAAAAAAAACAUACAAAUGAGGAAUCUAUUUUUCUACUCCAGACUU